GAUCUCCUGUUUUUAAUGCGCAAAGAUAAGAAGAAGCUGAGAAGAUUACUUAAAUACAUGUUUUUUCGAGACUACAAAUCUAAAAUUGUCAAAGGAAUAGAAGAAGAUGACCUCCUCGAAGACAAAUUCAACAGUAAUAACACUAACAAAAGGCAGAAGCUUGCUCAAGACUUUCUCAACUCCAUUGACCAGACUGGAGAGCUCUUAGCCAUGUUUGAAGAUGAUGAGAUUGAUGAUGUCAAGCAAGAGCGGAUGGAGAGAGCAGAAAGACAAACACGAAUGAUGGACUCAGUCCAGUAUGCAGAAUUCUGUGAAAGUCGGCAAUUGAGUUUUUCAAAGAAAGCUUCCAAGUUUCGUGACUGGUUGGACUGUAGCAGUAUGGAAAUAAAGCCAAAUGCAGUCGCAAUGGAGAUUUUGGCAUAUUUAGCAUAUGAGACUGUGGCACAGUUGGUGGACUUGGCCCUUUUGGUUAAGCAGGACAUGGCUCCCAAAGCUGGUGACCCAUUCAGUCACGCCAUAUCUGCCACCUUCAUACAGUAUCACAACUCUACUGAGAGCACUGCAGCCUGUGGUAUAGAGGCUCAAAGCGAUGCCAUCCAGCCCAGCCACAUCAGAGAGGCUAUUCGACGCUAUGGCCACAAGAUUGGCCCCCUUUCCCCAUUCACACAAACUGCAUCUGAGCUCCUAAAUAUAAGGAAAAAAUUAUCUGAUUUUGGAGAGAUAUUAGGAUGGAGAAUUAUUCUGAAUUAG